AUGAAGUUCGUCGCCGUUUUGUUGUUCUGCAUGGUUUGCAGCUUCUCGUUCGCCAGCGCCAAGAAGGUCGCUACCGAGGCCACCGCACCACCACCCGACAACUACCUCUGCCCGCUGUGCGAGUUGGUGGUGACAUACGCCGAGGCCUAUCUGUCCACGAACGCUACGGAGCAGGAGAUCACCAACGCCCUCGACCGCGUCUGCAAAGUGGCCCCCGCCUUCCUGGCCGCCCAAUGCGUCAACUUGGUGGCGACUUACCUGCCCUGGAUCAUCACUCAGAUUCUCGACGGUGAAAACGGCGCCAAGCUCUGCGAGCAGAUCACAGUAUGCCCGUCGAACUAG